GAACAAUGAUUACUGAUUAAUGACAUGAUUGUCCACUUUGUAGAUGUUCUUCAGCUUCUGUGAGAAGAACGUGGAUUAUGAAACGUUCAAAGCACUCGACGAUGCGUGUCUUGUCUAUGACGGCCGACUUGUGAUUGAUGCCAACUUCCACACCAAUGACGUCGCCAUCAGAGCGGCUGGCCCCCUCACCAAAUUCUCCAAUAGAUAUUACGCAUACGAGUGGACUCACAGCAACUUCAGUUCCAAAGAAAUCGGCUUUCACCUGGCGGCAGCUGUGCUCAGUCUCUUUGACCCGACCCUUGAGCCUGUGACUGAGCUGCCAGAUGAUCUUGACCUACCCAUUCCCAUGUACAAGGGAGCCAAGAUCCAAGGAGGCAUUCUUCCUGGGUCUUACCAUUAUCUGCAUAUUGCCAAGCCUGCCAUUCCAAUUCCCGUGGAGGUACAAAUGUUACAGCCUGAUUUUGUGAGUAGUAUUCCUAAAUUUUACUUUGCUUUCAAGUAUAACACUUUGUUUACAGGAAGGUGAAAUUAUUUACUCAAAGUCUUUAGUGUAAUGUGUUGGUUCCCACUAUAGCAUCAGCCCCCAAGAUGGCCCCAGUGAUUCUUGCCCCUCGGUCCUCACGUCCCGUGAGGCCCCUCCCAUGUUGAGUAGGGCUGACCUGUGUAGCCAACAGGAAGUUGUGGAAAUGACAGUGUGUGACUUCCAAGGCUAGGUUGUGAAAGAUACUAUGGCUUCCAACUUGCACCCUCCUUGAUCACUUGCUGCCAUGCUGUAAUGUCACCCAGGCAGCCCUCUGGAGAGGUCCAUGUAGUAAGGAACUGAGGAUUCCUGCAGCAGCCAUUCUCAGUUUGCCGUCUUUAACAGUGGGCUGCCUGGCAGUGGAUUCUCCAGCCCCAGUCAAG